GGCCGCGGGGAGUGCCGGGAGCGCAGCGCAGAGCAGAGCGGAGCGGAGAUGGACGUGUUCCUGAUGAUCCGGCGCCAUAAGACCACCAUCUUCACGGACGCCAAGGAGUCGAGCACAGUGCUGGAGCUGAAGCGCAUCGUGGAGGGGAUCCUCAAACGGCCGCCCGAGGAGCAGCGCCUCUACAAGGACGAGCAGCUGUUGGACGACUCGAAGACGUUGGGCGACUGCGGCUUCACCAGUCAGACCGCCCGGCCGCAGGCGCCCGCAACCGUGGGGCUGGCGCUGCGCAGCGCUGAUGAAUGUUUUGAGGCUCUGCGCAUCGACGCCUUCUCCAGCCCCCCCGAGCUCCCGGAUGUGAUGAAACCUCAGGACUCAGCAGGGGGGGCCAACGAGACCCCCGUCCAGUGACCCCCCCCC